GCAGCAGAAACACUUCGACGUAGAGAGAGAAAGAGAGGGCAAAGAAGGGAAUAAGAAGAAGAGAGAGGUGGGGCCCGCAGCUACCAUCGGAUUUGGAAGAAGAAUUCUCUGGGUUCUGUGAAUUCUUUUGGGAUUUGGGCUUGGUUGAUCGGCGGAGGAUGGCGAGUCCGCAGCCGUGGAGCCACCGUUUAGCCUUGACUCCGGGAACACCCGUCACUCCUGCGCCGGGUUCUUCCGCCGGAGCUAGGGCUUUGACUACGCCGUUGACUGAUGAGUUGAUCUGGAAGAAGCUUCGCGAGGCCGGGCUGGACGAGGAGUCCAUCAAACGCCGCGACAAGGCCGCUCUAAUUGCAUAUAUUGCCAAAUUAGAAUCUCAGCUGUAUGACCAUCAGCAUCAUAUGGGGUUGCUUCUCAUGGAACAGAAACUGUGGGAAUCAGAAUACGCAGAACUGGUGGCCACGGCAGACUCGGCUCAGUUACUGUAUAAGAGGGAACAGGCUGCACGAAUGAAGGACGUGGCAGAAGCCAAGAAACGAGAAGAUAAUCUGAAUAAGGCUCUUGGUAUUGAGAAAGAAUGUGUAGCUAAUAUUGAAAAGGCGUUACAUGAGAUGCGAACAGAAUAUGCGGAGGCAAAAGUUGCAGCUGAGGCUAAAUUGACAGAAGCUCGAAGUUUGAUGGAGGAUGCUCAAAAGAAAUACACAGAGGCAGAAUUAAAGCUGCACACUGCAGAAUCCUUGGAAACAGAAGCCAGAAGAUUUCGUUGCACUGCGGAAAGAAAAUUGCGUGAAGUUGAAGACCGAGAAGAUGACCUAAGAAGACAGAUCUUAUCAUUCAAGUCUGAUUGUGAUGCCAAAGAGCGUGAGAUUGACCUCGAGAGACAAUCAUUGUUAGAGAGGCAGAAAGCUCUUCAACAGACACAACAAAGCGUACUUGAUGGGCAGGCGUUGCUCAACCAAAGAGAAGAACACAUCCUUAAUAGAUCUCAAGAUUUGAGCAAGUAUGAGAAAGAGCUGGAGGAUGCAAAGUCGAACUUGGAAAAUGACCGUAAAACCCUGAAUGAGGAAAGACACAACCUGGAACUAAAGGCCGCAUCUUUGUCCAACAGAGAAGAGGAAGCUGUUAAAAGAGAGGUUGACCUUAAACAGAAAGAGGAAUCACUGCUCCUUUUACAGAGAAAGAUUGAAAGCAGAGAGUUUGAUGGUGUCAAAAAAGUAAUUGCUAAUAAGGAAGCUGCUUUGGUUACAAAGAAGUACGCAGUGGAGGCAGAGUUAGAGAUGAAAAGAAAAAAGAUGGAAGAGGAGUUGGAGGUCAUGAAGCGGGCUUGGGAGUUGAAAGAAAUGGAUAUCAAGCAGCGAGAAGACCUGAUUGCUGACAAGGAGCAUGAUAUAGAUAUGCAGUUCAGACGACUAGCAGAAAAGGAGAGGGAAAUGGAUGAAAGAAUGCAAUUUCUGGAUGAGAAGGAAAAAAAUCUUACAGAUUAUGAAAGAUCAACAGAAUCUGUGAUGAGUCGCAUGCAGCAUGAUAAGCAAGAGAUUGAGCGUAUAAAGAGUGAUCUCCAAAGGUCUCUGGAUGAACUUGAGCAGAAAAAGGAAUAUAUUUAUCAGGAGGAAGAGAAAGUGGAGACGAUGAAAAGUGAAACAAAAGAACUCAUGAGUCUAGAAAUGCGAUUGAAAGAAGAGAUUGAUGCGAUUAGGGCUCAGAAGUCGAAGCUUGAGGACAUGGAGGAACAACUGAAAGCGGAGAAGGCUAAGUUUGAGGCAGAAUGGGAGUGUAUUGAUGAAAAAAGAGCUGAACUGCAGAAGGAAGAAGAGCAUAUUGCUGCAGAGAGGUUAGCCAUUUCUAUGCUGCUUAAAGAGGAGCGAGAUGCUCUGAAAGCAGAGAAGAGUGCAAUCCAAGAGCAAUACAAACAUGAUCUGGAAGCACUUUCUCAUGAUCGUGAAGUGUUCAAUCGGGAAGUUGAGCAUGAACGUGAGGAAUGGUUUGGAAAGAUCCAGAAAGAACGCACAAGCUUCUUGCUGGAAUUUGAGAUGAGGAAGAAGGAACUAGAGAACUGUGUUGAGAAGAGACGUGAAGAGAUUGAAAGUGACUUUAAGGGAAGAGAGAAGGCUUUUGAGGAAGAAAAGAAGAGAGAGCUUGAGUCCAUUGCAUCCUUAAGAGAGACCGCUUUAAAGGAGAUGGAAUAUGCUCAACAAGAAAUGGAAAGGCUUGGCGCCGAAAGGAAAGAGAUCAUUGCAGAUCGUGAGGAAAGGAACAAAGAAUGGGUGGAGUUGGAUAAUUCUAUAAAACAACUUGAGGUGCAAAGGUUGAAGUUAGAGAAACAAAGAGAACUGCUUCAUGCUGACAGGGAAGACAUUUUGUCUCAGAUUGAUUACUUAAAGAAGUUAGAGGACAUUAAAGUCAUUCCAGACCGUAUCCGUAUUCCGGUGAAACAACACCGGGCUCAUGUGAAAUCGGAUGAGCGAAAUCAUUCAAGGAAGAAAAUUUUGCAACAACAAUCUGAAUACAACACCAGCAGACACAUUAGCAAUGGAGAGUUGGAAAAUCCUUCUUCUUCUCCCAUCUCUACCCCUUUGUCAUGGCUGAAGCGAUGUGCCAAUACAUUGCUUGAUCGGGGACAGAGCAACAAAAGGAGAAGAGAGGAUAAUGGUUUUGAAUCUCCCCCACAAGAUAUUACAAUGCCUUGUUUACCAGGAACCGAAUCAGAUGAACCAGCUCAUGAAGAUCCAGAUAUAGAAUUUGAAAGAAUCCCAGAUUGCACGGAGGACGAGACUACUGUUUUCAUAGAUAAAAUGGUUACAGUUCGAGAAGUAACUACAGUUGAUAUCAAACCAGUUGCAUCCAACACACAGCCACUUUUGCCUAAAAACAGUGAUAAAUAUGGGGAAAGCAAUGAUGACAAUGGCCACUUGGAUGUAAAUGGGAAGCUUGAAGAGGAUGAUAAUACAAUAGCAAGAAAAUCUAGUUACUGAUUUAACCUUUUCGAAGCCGGAAAAUAAUGUAUAGAGUAGCGGGUACGACGUGACCGGAAUAUGCAGCUGAACGUGUAAAUCAUUCAUCAUGCUGACCUCAUACUCUUCUAGGCCUAUUGUGUAAAUUCUGCGUGCUUGUGCGGCGGGUGAGCUUUGUAAGUGUGAUAUUGUUACUCAUAGGUGGUUGUGUGGUUCUGUCUACUCUUUUCUCUUAUGAUUGGUUUUUUUGGGAGUUUAGCAUUGUUUUGAUUGUGCCAGUUUUUUUGGCAAAAACUCUGACCAAAGAUUUUAGUUAUAAGCUGAUUUUGUU